AUCUGGAGUGAAGUCAAACAGACCUCUGUCAUGGGUCAUCCACCUGCCACCGACGGCGACUUAACCUUCGCACGCUUCUUGGACGCAAUGCUGGAGCUCGCUGCAACGUUUCAGAGCUCAAUACCGGGUAACGAGACCCCGUUGAUCGUGAAACUGGACUUCAAAAGCAGUCGCGCGUUCGAGGCGUCGUUGGUAGAAGUGGCCAAGUUCGUGACGCAGUACCCGUUCACAAAGGGCAUCUUCAUCAAUGCCGACAUAUUACCGGGUCCGACGAACACGAACUUCGUAGCUUUUGAUGCUGAGACCUUCUUGAAACAGGUCCAUGACCUUGGUGAAUGUGAUGGUGGAAAACACCGUCAUAAACUCGUACUGUCACUGGGGUGGACAACAGCCAACGCCAAUGAGGAAGAGAUCCAUCGAGAAUACUCUUCAGCAAUGGCUGAUGAUAUGCUGCGUGUAUUAAAACCGUACGGAGACAACAUUACCGUGACAUUCCCACUACGCGCGACUAGUAUUCGCAAGUCGUGGACAGCGUUGCGUCCAUUACUAAACCAAAACAACUACGGCUUUACACUCUGGUGGGCAAUCACUCAGAUAUCGGAUGAAGAACUGGAGUGGCUGUUCUCAACACUGGAGCUUGAAACUCAUGACGAUGGCAAUGGCGGCCACACAACAUGCGCAGGACGAACCUUUUACGACAUCAAGGGAUUCGAUAACUUCUUGGCGAAGCGGGGAUACACAAAACUGCAAAACUGAACUGGCCUAUGACAAUGCAUUGGUUGUAUUUCUUGCUUACGAUUCCUACUGCAUUACACCCGCAACCAAAGCAUUUCAAACAAAAAUCCUUAAACCGACCUACGCUCGCACGAAGGCUCCUUUCCGCUUGAUAACAAAAUAGCUCCCACUACCCGUCGCUGCGUCACUAGCAGCCUGCGGUUGACCAACGUACUGAUCGGUUUGAUCUUUCAGCGCUCGCAUCUUCGUUUGCACCCGUCGAAUCGCAUAUCGCAGUUCAGCAGUGCUUACCCACUGCAACAACGUGCGAUUCUCCAUCAAACAGCCGCACAUUUCCUUCGUGUGUCGAAGACAUGACAAGCGGCUGGGAUUGCACGAGCAGAUCACACCCGAGAAGAAGACAUUGUGUUUGCAUCGAAAACACUGGCGUACGUCAUCGACCUCCAUCGAUCGCUCGUCCAGCAUGACGUCGCCACUCAACUCCUCAAUACUCUCCAAUCCGUCAGCAAGGAAAGCUUUCUUAUACUCGCGCUCUUCGUGAAACAGUCGUCGCAACUCCUUUAACAGCAUUUCGCAAUCCGUGAGCGAGUAUUCGUCUAAAUUUUGCGUCGAUCCGAAGUGGAACACGAAACGAUCAUGCGAAAAUAUUGAAACGCGAGCGUAUUUGCGGUACAUCUCGACACAUUCCCGCCCAUAGUCGAUCCAGUUGGGGAGAACAAAGUUCACGGCCUCGUUGCAAUUGAAACCUUCGCUGAAGCCGCAGUGAUACGCCUUGGGGAAGGUCAAAAUGCUGUCUCCGGGUUGCUGCACUAGCGUGAAUACCUUCAAACCUCGACUCUGCAAAACUGACGGUGGUACCAUAGUAGUCAAGUGGAGCAGCAAGUCCGGAUUCUCUCGAAAACGCUCAGGCACUUGCGUUCUCAUUGCAGCCUCAAACUUCUCGGCGUCUGAGGA